UUUACAUACUCAACGACAAUCUCUUGCAUGUUAUAUUGUUUUGCGAAAUAUACCGUCUUUGUUUGUGUACGACUUUGUUUGUGUAUUUAAUAAAUUCAUGAAAAUCAACACAUUAAGUUCAUAUCUUGUAUACCAACAAUUGCGAUGUUACAUCAAUGCAUCAAUCAUAUUGGUUACUGGUUCAUGUGUGGUACCUCAAUAAAUCUCUCUUCGCCGAGCUCAUAAGGUAAAUAAAUCAGAAUUUUUUAAGUGUGCGGUGAUACAUCUUUUUCUUCUUCUUUUUUUUUUUUUUUUUUUUUUUUUUUUUUUAGAAUGAUGAUUGAGAGAGUAAGAAUCAUAAUAUACGAUAUCACACGCCUUAUUUCACUCUGUCUUCUAUCAAUUUCAAAUGGAUUCACGGUGAAUGAAUAACAUCCCUGCCAGUGGAUCGGCGAGUAUCGGUGGGCCACGGAAGACCCGACACGAUGGAAAAAACGAACAGAUGAACGAGGAGAUCAGCUUGGAUGCUGGCAGUGAGAUCGUCGAGUCGAGCGAACAGAUUGUAGAAGAAUCGGCAGAACUAGUGGCUUCCGGUUGGACGUCGUGGUCGUUGCAAGCGGUGAGUCCCGCAUGAUAGUCCUGGGUGAAGUUCCACCGUCGCAACCGGAGCAGGAACAGGAACCCGCGCAGGAUGUGGCGGCACAGUGGCUGCAGACCGAGAAUCAAGCGAAUGCCGCGGUCACGGCCACAGUUGGCACGGUUACGGCCAACAACGUGCCGGCGACCGCGAGC